AUUUUUUUUGGCUAGGAACAGACGACAGAUAAAGCUCCUUUCUUUUUCAAUAAAUUAUCCACCCAAUCCAAAAACCCGCCACAAAUUCAACCACCACAACCCUAAUCCCCAUUCCCAAUUCUCCUUACGUGACAAGAUCCAAUCACUCCAAGUUUAGAUCUGGAUUGCGAUCCCUGUUCCGAGGGGCUGCAACUUUCUCGGGAAACAAACGGGUUUUCUGGAUUAGAUUGGGGGCUUCGGGUUUUCUGUUAUGUGUAUAUUACUUCUCUACCUUUUGUGGUUUUUUUUUGUUUUGUUUUGUUUAGUUGGGUGUUUUACCUCUGUUUGGUUGCCUAGAAAAUGUAGGAAACUGCGGGAAAAUGGAGGGGAUUGGAGUAUGGGAUGUUGGGGGUUUUGAGUAACCUGGGAGCUGAGUUAAAAAAAAAUGCUGAAUUGGGUUAUGAGUUUUUCAGUUUUGAGAUUGGGAGCUUAAAACAACAGAAAGAUGUAGAGUAUCAUGGUGGGAUUUAAGAAUAGGUAUAUGGUAGUGGAGGUUAUCUUGGAUCCUAAUAGAGAACUGGUGAGAAAAGAUCCUGUUAUCAUUACCUCUUACAAUGUUAUGAAAGCUAUCCGAGACAGCAUUCUAGUAAAUUUUGGGGAGUGCGGUCUGGCUUCGUCACUUGGAUCAUUCCAAGUCAAGUAUGUGAAUGACAUGACGAGGCUGUGUAUCAUUAGAGCUUCAAGGGAUGAAUAUCAGAGAGUAUGGGCUGCAACUACCAUGGUCAGGAGUAUUGCAGAUUGCCCGGUUCUAUUUAAUUUGUUGGACCUAAGUGGAAGUAUCAAAGCUUGUAAUGAAACCGCAUUGAAGUGUGAUGAAUCAAAAUUUGAACAGUACAAGCUUGUUGUUGGAUCUAAUCUUUCGGCUCAAGAUACUCAAAAAAUGCAGUACUAUCUUGACAAGAUCAAAGGCCUCGAGCACUAAAGUUAUACCGCACCUAUGGAAUUUGGUGAGCCUCACAAGCUUCAUGUCCUGGUUCCAUCGGUACUUGAUGAUCAUUACUCCGCUGACUCCGUGGCUCGUGUGUCUAAAGGUUAGAAAAUCUCAAAAGAAGGGAAGCUUGCAGGAACUUCAAAUUUUCUAACUGUAAGUAGUUGCGAAAAGGGUAUGUAGAUGUAAAAUCAAGUGGUGGAUUAGGCAGAGGAAGUAUUUGAUUUGGCUAUCUAGUUAUUUCGGAAA